AACCACUUUUUGGAUUUCCUGCAAAGACUGAACAUAAUGAUUGAUGUAGCAACCGCAUUGGAUUCCCUCCACAACGGCUACUCGUCAACUAUAGUCCACUGUGAUCUAAAGCCUGGCAAUGCUCUUCUGGAUGAAGACAUGACCGGUCAUGUGGGAGACUUUGACAUUUCAAAGUUACUUAGUGGAGGUGACGGAAUGGCACAAACCAAGACACUCGCAACAAUUGGCUACAUUGCACCAGAGUAUGGAUCUGAAGGUAAAGUGUCCAUAAGCUGUGAUGUCUCUAGCUUUGGCAUUCUAAUGAUGGGAACAUUUUCAAGAAAGAGCUCGACUGAUGACAUGUUCAGUGAAGAACUGAAGAUUGUGGAUUGAAGGACUGGGUAAGGGAUCUGUUGCACCAUUCAGAAAUAGACUUAAUAGACGACAUCUUAAUAACAUCCCAAGGCAUGAAUUCAACAAGAAUGGUGCAAUGUAUCUCAAAAAUCAUGGAACUGGCCCUGACAUUCACAGCAGAAUCAUCAGAGGAGAGGAUUGACGUAAAAGAUGCUCUGAAUGAACUCAAAAAGAUCAAAGUUCGAUUUCUUUCAAAGUGGAUAGUGAAAAGGUAUGAAAUGCUCUUUACUUCUACUGGAAAUAUUACAUUUACAAACAGUUAAACA